CAGCCGUUGGUUAGCAUCGCUCAGUGAUGAGCUAACGGGCCCCACGGCAUGGAGGAGAAAGGACCCCAAAGGGGCAACAGGCGGGAACGCGGGUGGAGAAAAAUUCAUUGAAAAAAAGAUGAAGGUCGACCUGUUGAGAGGCAGCCAUGGAAAAGUCCUCGAGCGCCGGCAGAAUCGGACGCCGGCCUCGGCUGGACGCCUUUGUCUGCAGCACAGCGCUGAAGAGACGGCGAAAGGCUCCAGAGGAGGAAUUCAUCUUGUUUUUGCAGCAGCAUGUAACUUGGUUUUUGUCAGGGGGACCAGAUUUUGUUUGUUGAGAUCCUCUUCUAAACCGGAUGAAGCAGACAAUCCAGGUGAAACAUUCAGGUCAGGACGAGCCGGAGAGCGAGGACGAGGUCUACGAGGUGGUGGACCUGACCGAGUACGCCCGGAGGCACCAGUGGUGGAGCCGGGUGUUCGGGAGCAGCUCCGGCCCCAUAGCGGAGAAGUACUCCGUGGCGACGCAGCUGAUGAUGGGAGGGGUGACCGGAUGGUGUGCUGGUUAUGUUUUCCAGAGAGUGGGGAAGAUCGCCGCCACGGCCAUCGGUGGAGGCUUCCUCCUUUUGCAGAUGGCCAAUCACAGUGGCUACGUCCAGGUGGACUGGAAGAAGGUGGAGAAGGAUGUGAACAAAGCAAAAAAGCACCUUAAGAAGAAGGCAAACAAAGCCGCCCCUGAAAUCAACACAUUCAUAGAGGAGGUAAAGGCCACAGAUUUCAUAAAGAGGAACAUCAUCGUGUCCAGCGGGUUUGUCGGUGGUUUCUUCCUGGGUCUGGCCUCCUAAAGCGUCUGCGAACCUCAUCCAUCAACUGCCGCCCCCGCAUCUCUUUGAUCCAUCCCUCCGCGAGGGGAACGCUGGACAGUAAGCCCCGCCCCCCCCCGCUUCAGGCCGGAGCCGUUUGCAGGCGGGCGGGAACCUCAGUGCGUCGUCGCUGCUGUAAGUGUUACGCUGGAACCGAACCGGAUUCCCUUUUCAGUCACUUUUGAUCAAAGAUGUGAAUAAGUAAAUGAAGGCGGAGCUUCUUCUUCUUCUGAUGGUCACACAGGCGUGUUUUCCUUUUAGCCUUUAGGGGCUAAACGUUAAAAGAGAUGUGAGAAAACCUCCCAAACCGCUGCACACCCAUUAUGCUUUUAAACACUACUGGUUGUGACUUAUCGGUCGUUGUGCGUUUUGUCGUCUUUGUGAGGAACAACAAAACAAGUCAUGACUUUAAUUAUCCAGACAAGACUGUUCUGGCUUUUUUUCUUCCUUCAUGGUGCAAUAGUCUGAUGGAUUUCUAUUUUAUUUCAACAUUUAUGAUGUUUCCGUUUUCUAUUUCUUGCGUUUCUAUUUAUAUUAUUUUGAUAACCUGUAUUUGUUUGCUUUUUUGUAAAUAAAGUUGCUGGAGUUCACGACAAACUAACAAAAGUUUUGAUUUUCUGAAGGAUUUUCUGAUGAAAACAGGAGCUGGACUGAAGCGGUUUGUUGUUUAAAUCAAACAUAAAAACACAAACAAGUUUGUUACAAAUGUUUAUGAAUGUCAUGUAUUAAUUGUAUUACAUUUUUAUUUUAACAAA